AUCAAUCACUCUCUUCUUCUCAUCAUCCUCAAUUCUACCUCUUUCCUCUUUUUCAGUUUUCUCUAGAAUUUUUAAAACCUGUUUGUGUCUUUUGUUCAAAAACUCAUGUUAAGUAAGACAAGAUCUUGAUGUUCAGACAUUAAUGUCUCCAGUGAUUAGUGAAGUCCUUAGAUCUGGUUUAACUAUAGAUUCAUCUCUUAGACGCAGGACUCCUCUUGUUCAAUCUUUCUCAGUCGUUUUUCUUUACUGGUUCUAUGUUUUCUCAGAAACAAUCUCUCUUUUAGCCAUAAUAUAUACCCUAUAAAUUAAACUAUAUAUUAUAUCAACUUUCCAUAUAGUUUUUUUUUGCUUUAACCUUAAUCAGGGUCCUGCAUCUUUUCAGUUAAACUAGUGUUUCUGUGUUUUGUUUCGUGUCUUUUUUAUUUUUAUUUUUUUUUAAAUUUGGGUUCUUUGAUGAUGAAUAAUAAUAAACCGGAGAUGAAAUCGUGGAUAACCGGGUGUUGGUCGCCGGUUUUGACGACUAGCACCCCAAACUCCGGUUCGGAGUCUGAUCUCUUGCAACGUGAUUUGAUCAACGAGAGGAAGAGGAAGAGGUUGGAGUCUAACAGAGAGUCUGCGAGGAGGUCGAGGAUGAGGAAGCGCGAGCGUUUGGAUGAUCUAAACGCUCAGGUCGUGCAACUACGCAAGGACAACCGCAAGACCACCGCGGAGAUCGCCGUCACGACGGAGCACUACGUCAAGAUCGAGGCGGAGAACUCCGUUUUGAGAGCUCAGCUGACGGAGCUCAACCAUCGCCUGAGUUCACUUAACCAGAUCAUCGCUUUUGCAGAGUCGUUUGAGAUGGAGACUGGUCAGGGAGGAGGUGGAGCGGAUUACGGUGGUGGCGACAGCGGAGGAGAUGAGUUUUACGACGGAGCGAUGAACCCUCUCAAUCUAGGGUUUUAUAACCAAACACCAAACAUGACUUCUGCUUCUACUGGUUUUGGUGAUGUUCCAAACUGUUGGUAACUCAAUGUCCUAAUCACCAUCAUCAGGGGUAAACUUGUAAUAUGUGAUGCUCUGUGUUUAGAUUAUAAGAUAAAGUUAAUCAGUGUUGUAAUGGACAUGAAUGUGAUAGCAUAGCAUGAAGAUGGUGAUGUGGGGGUGAGAGGAAUAUUUUAAGUUUUCUUUUUUUAAAUUCAUAAUGGAGAAAUAUGAUCUUUUGUCUUUUUCUUGUAUGGUUUCUGUUUUCCUUAUUUGGGGGAAUUUGUUACCCUUAUUAGAAAGAUGAAACUUUGGCUAGUAGUG